ACACAUGUUUGUGUUUAUGUGUAACAAGAUUGUUGAUUCAUUUGGUUUUAUCAAUUUCAGAUUUAUUUAUGAUAAAUUUAUCCAAACAAUGACACAGAAUAUCAUUUUUCCAAAUUAUCAUCUACAAAGUGAUUGGCAAGAUGCAUCAAUCAAUGAAAAAAUUUGGCUACAAUCUACCAAUAUCAUCAAGGAUCAUCAUCAUGAUGAUAAUGUCAAUAAAACGUAUAAUUUAAAAAUUAUCAAUGAAUCAAAUAUCACUAUCGAUGGUAAUAAUAAUGAUAAGGAUUUUAAAAUCGAAGAUUAUUCCCAAAGAUGUCUAGCUAUACAUGAUUCGAAAUCAAAUGUUACACAUAGAUUUAUACCACCGGUUCGAAUUUUCAAAUCUAUUCAUCAGAAAUCUAUCAUAGCAUUGGAUGUAGCACCAACCGGAAUAGCUGUAUCAUCAUCCACUGAUGGUACAAUGAAAAUAUGGGAUACUUGUAAAAAUAUACAAAAAUGUGAAUUAAAAGGUCAUUAUUCUGAUGUUAAUCGAUGUAGAUUUUUUCCAUCGAAUGAAGUUAUACUCAGUGCUGGUUCGGAUAUGUUGAUCAAAAUUUGGUCUGCCAUCGAUGGUUCAUGUCCUGUCACAUUGAAAGGUCAUACCGGUUCAAUAAAUGAUCUGGCUAUUGUUGAUCGUGGACGUAAUAUCAUUUCGGUUGGCCGUGAUGGAAUGGCAAAACUAUGGAGUUGUGCUAAACAACUAUUUAUUGAAAAUUUAUUUGAUACUGGAAAUAUCGCUAUAAAUGCCUGUGCAAUUAAAUCAUUUCCCGAUUCAUUUAAUCUUGGUCAACGUCAAGAUACCACAAAUGAUGAUUGUGUUGGUACAACGGAUAAAAUGAUUUUAUUGGCAACUGAAUCAGGUUUCAUUCAUGGCGUUGGUGUGAAUUCAAAACAACCACUAUUCAAAGUUGAAUGUACUUCGCCUGUUAAUUGUAUAUCAUUUUAUGAUGAAUUUGAUUUUUUCGCUGGAACUCAUGAUGGAAAUAUUUAUCAAUAUGAUAUACGAAAUAUUAAUCAACCAAAAAUCAAAUGGAUGAUAUCAAAAUCGCCAGUACUUUCAAUGAUAUCUGUACGAAGACCAUUCAAUGGUAUUGUUGCUAGCCAUCAGGAUGGAUCAGUCGAUUUUCAUUAUGAUAAUCAUAGUCAAAUAGUACAUCUAACUGGAUCGGAUUGUGAUCCAAUUUAUCAGGUUGUAUAUGAUGAUAAAUUUAUUUAUACAUCAUGUCGUGAUGGUAAAGUUCGUAAAUAUUUUCUAAAUAAUGCAUUCGAAUGACAGAAAAAACAAACAAACAAAC